UAUCUUAACCCAUGUUAGGGGUUGAGGUCAUUGUCGUAAACGCUCGCAGUGAUCGCCGCGUCCACAUAUCAAACCGACGUUAUGUGGCAUAAAAUUGUUAUUUUGUUUAUAUUUUCUACAAUUAUCGUCUUUUCCAAUGGCAACAUCCUAGCUCCAAAAUUAAAAUUAAACGAUGGUAGGGAAAUUCCCGCCUUAGCUCUAGGCACAUGGCUGGGGAAUAACACAAAGCCGUCGUCUAACGAAGUGGAGCUGGCGGUGCAAUGGGCGCUUGACGCGGGCUAUCGCCACAUCGACACCGCCUGGGCUUAUAAGAUUGAAGACCAGGUCGGUAGGGGACUCGCGGCCAAAUUCGCAGACGUACCGAGAAACGAAAUAUUUGUUACCACAAAGUUAUGGAAUGACUGUCACGCGCGUGACGCAGUCGUCCCAGCUCUACGGGAAUCUUUAAAAAAACUGAGCUUGGAUUAUGUCGACCUCUACCUCAUUCACUGGCCAGUCGGACAGUUCGCCAAUCUAACGUAUGACUUGACGGAUUAUCUGGAGACAUGGCGCGGUAUGAUGGAUGCCAAAAAUCAGGGGCUCGCCAAAUCGAUUGGAUUGUCUAACUUCAACGAGCAAAUGAUCGAUAGAAUCCUGGAAAACGGAUUGGAGAUGCCCGCAGUACUGCAAGUUGAGCUUAAUUUGAAUCUACAGCAACCGGAAUUACUCAAGUAUUGUAAAGAGAAAAAUAUCGUAGUGAUGGGAUACACGCCUUUCGGCUCCUUAUUCUACAGCAAAGCGAAACCAAAUGCACCACCACCUCGUGUAGACGAUCCCGCUUUGGUCAAAAUCGCCGAAAAAUAUAAUAAAACUGUGCCACAAAUUGCACUAAGAUAUUUGAUCGAACUGGGCGUUAUUCCUCUACCAAAGUCAUUGACAAAAUCAAGAAUUGAACAGAACAUAGACGUAUUCGAUUUUAAGUUAACGGAGGAAGAAAAAUCGAUUUUGAAAGCAUAUGACCGUGAAUAUAGAACUAUUCCGCAGUUAAAAUGGUUGGAUAAUCCCUACUAUCCCUUUAAAAGACCACUUAUGUUACAAACGUGUUGUUUACUGACGAAAUAAAUUUGUUCAAAGGA